UUUACUCCGCUUUCUCAUUCUUUCUCUGCAAGUCUUCAAACAUUUCCUCUCUUUCUCUCUCAUCGAAGAUCACCUUCAGAGUUCAGAGCACUCUCUCAUGUCGACUGAAGAGGAGGUUAGACGUAAGACCGCCAUUACCGAGAACAAUAAGAAGCUUCUUCAGCAUCGUGAGCUUGAAUCUCGCAGCAGGAAAGUGAAGGAGGAGCUACGAAGUGCAAAAAAGGAGUUCGCUAAAACAGAAGACGAUCUGAAGUCUCUUCAGAGCGUUGGACAGAUCAUCGGAGAAGUCCUCAGGCCUCUUGAUACUGAGCGAUUAAUUGUGAAAGCUAGCAGUGGCCCAAGGUAUGUGGUCGGUUGUCGUACAAAAGUCGACAAGGAAAAGCUGACUUCUGGAACACGAGUGGUUCUUGAUAUGACUACCCUCACCAUUAUGCGUGCUCUUCCUCGUGAAGUUGAUCCAGUGGUAUACAAUAUGCUUCAUGAAGAUCCUGGAAAUAUUAGUUAUUCAGCUGUGGGAGGGCUGUCCGAUCAGAUCCGUGAGCUGAGGGAAUCCAUCGAGCUUCCACUAAUGAAUCCAGAGCUUUUCCUGAGGGUGGGAAUUAAACCUCCAAAGGGUGUUCUGCUCUAUGGGCCUCCAGGGACAGGCAAGACAUUAUUAGCUCGAGCUAUUGCAAGCAAUAUUGAUGCCAGUUUCCUAAAGGUUGUAUCAAGCGCUAUCAUAGACAAGUACAUUGGUGAAAGUGCAAGACUUAUCCGUGAAAUGUUUAGUUAUGCUAGAGAACACCAGCCCUGCAUCAUCUUCAUGGAUGAGAUUGACGCCAUAGGAGGUCGUCGGUUUAGCGAGGGGACAAGUGCUGACCGUGAAAUUCAAAGAACCCUUAUGGAACUGUUAAAUCAGCUCGAUGGAUUUGAUCAAUUGGGCAAGGUCAAAAUGAUCAUGGCAACAAAUAGACCAGAUGUGUUGGAUCCAGCACUUCUUCGUCCAGGACGUCUAGAUAGAAAGAUUGAGAUCCCAUUGCCUAAUGAACAGUCAAGAUUGGAAAUUCUCAAAAUUCACGCUAUUGGCAUUGCCAAACAUGGUGAGAUCGACUAUGAGGCAAUCGUAAAGCUAGCUGAGGGAUUCAAUGGGGCUGAUCUACGCAACGUCUGUACUGAAGCUGGCAUGUCAGCUAUACGUGCAGAGAGAGAUUACGUGAUUCAUGAAGACUUCAUGAAGGCUGUAAGGAAGCUAAGCGAAGCGAAGAAGUUAGAAUCCACUGCACACUACAGUACAGACUUUGGGAAAGAUUAACCUAGCCAGGAGAAAAGUUGGGGAUUUUAGUGAUUUCAGAUUCCAUACUGUGGCUUGUAAAACAAUUCUUUUCUUCUCGUUUUCAUAUUGUAGCGUUGCAUAAUUUAAUUUUCUCUGUAUGCAGUCCAUACUUAUGGACUCAAUCAUCCAACAAACAGUCAAAUAUUCAAUUUCAGAAAGCUACAAGCCUACAAACCAACGGCAUUUGAUUUCAA